AUGGCCCCCCAGGCCGAGAAGAGCUCCUUGAAGCGCGCGCGGCAAUCCAGUGGCCAGACAGCAGAGCAGAAGAAGCCCAGAAGGUCUGCGCGGUUGUCCAAUGAAGGUGAUGUGGAAGCUGUAAAGCAAGGCCCGCUGCCAUCUCCAGUGACCCGCAAAGGCACAGGCUCAACGGAAGAUGCAGAGACAGAAGACAAGACCGUCUCGCCUACAUCGUCCAAAACCCCCAACAAUUGGGGCCGCCGAACACCACCACUGCACAGUCCUCCGCCUUCGUCACGACGCGGCGCUGCAGGCUUAUCAUCCCCUCCCAACGACACGCAAGCAACGCAAGCAUAUUCGCAAUUCCUUCCGCCUGCGCCUAUAUCAUACGAGGUUGACGACGAAGAGCGAGAUGGCGUCUGGGGCUAUUUGGUGCCAGCUGAAGGCUUCGGCGCUGCUCUGCCACUGCGAAAGCGAGCUGCAUGCCCAGUGCCGCUUCAUUCGACUGGCAAGCCCAAUGGACGUCAGAAAGUGCCUAAGAAGCAUUGGGAGAAGCAAGAAGAGCACUACGAGCAGGAGAAAGACGCCAAUGGUAUUCCAGCUGGCGGGUAUUUGAUAGGACGACAUCCAGAGUGCGAUCAGAAGGUCGACAAGCCGACAGUCAGCAAUCGUCACGCCUUGAUCUUCACCGAGAACAAGCAUGGCGACACCACGGCCGUGCUUGAGGAUCUCAGCGGAAAUGGCACCUACGUGAAUGAUGCACUGGUCGGGCGCAACAAGAGGAGAGAGCUCGAAGAUGGUGACGAAAUCUCCAUUGUUGGCGAAGCGCGAUUCAUCUUUCGAUAUCCUCGCAUCAGAGACGGCAGUGGUUUCCGACAGCAGUAUAACAUACAAGGCCAACUAGGAAAGGGCCACUUUGCAACCGUGUACUUGGCGGUGGAGAAGAGCACAGGGAUGCGCUAUGCUGUGAAGAAGUUCGAGAAGCGUAGUGGUCCAGGUGAGCGCAGCAAAGUCGAAGGUCUUCAGCAAGAAAUCGCGGUGCUGAUGGGAGUGUCGCAUCCCAACGUGCUGUGCCUGAAAGAUACGUUCGACGAGGCGGACGGCGUCUAUCUUGUCUUGGAAUUGGCUGCUGAAGGAGAACUCUUCAACUGGAUCGUGAUGAAGCAGAAGCUAAGCGAAGCCGAUACGCGCAAGAUCUUCAUUCAGCUAUUCCAAGGCAUCAAGUACCUCCACGAACGCAGCAUCGUCCAUCGCGACAUCAAGCCUGAGAACAUCUUGCUGAUCGACAAGGAACUCAAUGUCAAGAUCGCGGAUUUCGGUCUUGCCAAGAUCAUUGGCGAAGAAUCCUUCACAACAACGCUCUGCGGCACGCCAUCGUAUGUCGCACCAGAGAUACUUGAGCACACCAAUCGGCGACGUUACACACGCGCAGUGGAUGUCUGGAGCUUGGGCGUCGUGCUUUACAUCUGCUUAUGUGGUUUCCCGCCAUUUUCAGACGAGCUGUACUCCGCCGAGAACCCCUACACCCUUAGCCAACAGAUCAAGAUGGGUCGCUUCGACUACCCAUCACCUUACUGGGACUCUGUUGGGGAUCCAGCGCUUGACCUCAUUGACCGCAUGCUCACAGUUAAUGUCGAAAAGCGCAUCACGAUCGACGAAUGCUUGGAGCACCCGUGGACCACGCAGCGCCCCAUCAGCAUCACUGAUAGUACCGAUGGCCUGACUGGAGCGAUUUCUAGUCUGGACUUCUCAAAUCGUAAGCCACAGCGUGAGCGUACACUUCUCUCGAGCAUCAACGAUGUUAAGGUCGACAAGAUUAUCGAGGCCCAAGGGGGUGCCCCUCCUGUCAAGGUAUGGGAUAAGAAUUCCCAGCCACGUUUCUUCACGCAGCGUCCUGCAGGCCAACAACAAGAGGCAGCCAGAGCGAAGGCUGCAACGAAGAAGAAAGGACAUGUCGAGCAGACUGUCGAGCCCGGUCCAGAUGUUGCUCGCGAUCCCAAAGAGUUUAUGGAAUUGGGCGGCAAGGGUGAUCAAAUGCUCUUCGAUGAUGCCAAUGGCAGUCGAUAUCCGGACGAGACGGUCAAAGCCGGCGCGCCAGAGGACGGCAAGUGAGACUGUGAGACAGCCGGUCUCUUUGUCCAUUUGAGGCGUUUACCGGCGUGAUCCUGGCGCUUUGGAUCCGAUCGUAGCCUUCGUACCGCGUCUCUACACUUUGGAGUGAAAGUGACUAGGGUCGGACCGCUGAAUAACAAGUUUCUGUUCGCUAUAAUCCAUGAGGAGCAAGGGUUUGGGGAAUACCCACUUUCACUCCGAUGUGAUCAGACGCUGUAGGGCUACCGCCUGCCGCCCUGCAAGGCUCCUCGGUAGGAGUUCAGUGUCACCAAUGGCAUCCAGGCUGCUUUGAAGUGACAAAUUGUACAGUAGGCUUUCAUGAGCGGGAAACGAGCGUCUUUUGCUGCUGGACGCUCAUCUUUCUUCUCAAGCAAGCGCACGACAGCUACUAAAGAGUCAGGUGAGAAUGCGAAACGGUCAAACCACCUCCGUAGAGAUAUCAUCAGUCGAUCGACACC